GCAAGCAAUUUCCGUCUUUUUUUCACCAUCCCUAAACAUUCUUUCGGCAGGACCUCUCAGACUUACCAUUACUAGAUGAUGAAUUUUUUGAUAUUUAUCCGCCCCGCCGUCCCAACCACAUUCCACACGGAAUGUCACAGCGCUCUGCACCACGGUCUCGCAUCAUGGCGUUAGUAAAUCGGCUACCAUUUCGCAGGAAAUCACCGCAAGCAUACCCGUCAGCCGGACAUCUCCACCACCCCCAAAAGGCACAAUUCCUACAGCACCUUCCUUUCCGUCGGUCGAUGCCCAGUCCGACCCAGCCACGAGUCGCAGCUGGGCACGCUACGGAGCGUGUCGUUGUUAUCUCCGUGCCCCAUUACAGGAAAGCUAAUGACACUCGACGGCCGCCUAGAGAAGAGCCUGUAUUCCAUGACACGGCACAAAGCGACACAACAUCCGUGGUCUCUUACGCCGAUUCACUCCCGAAUGUGCAUUGGCUCAUGGCAUUCCUCUGCUACCUCUCCUGCUGGCCUGAUGGUAGACUGAGGACGCCUUCUCGAUGGGACUUGGAGCCUACCCAGUCGUCACACCAGCAUAAUGGUGGCGAUGCUCACGCUCGCGGAUAGCUCAUUGUGUUUUCACUUCUAUCCACUUGCGUUACUUGAAUUUCCACUGUGUCUGCAUUGAUUGUUUUGAUCUCAACACUUCUAUUACACGGAUACCAAAUUUGAUGCCACGGUUGUACACCAUCGUCGUUAUGUACUUUUGGUCUAUCGUAGAGAUGGUU